GGUCGUGUAGUCAUCGCGAGAAUUGGAUUACAGACCGGCGCUACUGACAGAAAACGAAAAACACGGCGUGCUGGAAAGGGGGCGGAUUGUGAAAAAUCAUUUUUAUUUACAAUGACGGAGCUAAGACACCGUGGACAUCAGGAGAACGAUUUCCAAGGAGAUAAUAAGCAGGAAUCUGAAUCAGAAGCGAAGACAGAUGGUGAACCUCCUUCAGAUAAUGAGAUAAAGCCAGAUACCGUCACUGAUGUCCAGCCUGGAGCUAAUGAAACUCCUGAAGUCCUGAACAAGGCUCUGUCUGGCUUAUCUUCAAGAUGGAAGAAUUGGUGGAUACGAGGGGUCCUCACCUUGGCCAUGAUCUGCUUUUUCUUCAUCAUUAUUUACCUGGGGCCAAUGGUUCUAAUGAUGAUUGUACUUUGUGUGCAAAUCAAGUGCUUCCAAGAGAUCAUCACCAUUGGGUACAGUGUGUAUCACUCUUAUCACCUGCCCUGGUUUAGGACACUAAGUUGGUAUUUUCUUUUGUGCGUUAACUACUUCUUCUAUGGAGAAACAGUGACAGAUUAUUUCUUCACACUAGUGCAAAGAGAAGAGCCACUCCGAAUUCUCAGCAAAUACCAUCGCUUCAUCUCCUUUGCUCUUUAUCUCACAGGUUUCUGCAUGUUUGUCUUGAGCCUGGUGAAAAAACAUUAUCGCCUACAAUUUUACAUGUUUGGCUGGACCCAUGUGACUCUACUUAUUGUGGUGACCCAAUCUCACCUCAUUAUCCACAACCUCUUCGAAGGAAUGAUUUGGUUCAUUGUGCCAAUCUCCUGUGUUAUCUGCAAUGAUAUAAUGGCUUACAUGUUUGGGUUUUUCUUUGGCCGCACUCCUUUAAUUAAGCUUUCUCCCAAGAAGACCUGGGAAGGGUUUAUUGGUGGAUUUUUUUCUACUGUGGUUUUCGGCCUACUGCUCUCAUACGUAAUGGCAGGAUAUCGCUACUUUGUAUGUCCCGUGGAGUUCAACAGUGACUCAAACAGUUUUACAGUGGAUUGUGAGCCAUCUGAACUCUUCCAACUCCAUAACUAUGGCUUGCCUUCAGUUGUGCAGUCAGCCAUUGGAUGGAAAACAAUCCACAUGUACCCAUUCCAAAUCCACAGCGUGGCACUCUCUGCCUUUGCCUCUCUUAUUGGUCCUUUUGGAGGAUUUUUUGCUAGUGGGUUUAAACGAGCUUUCAAGAUCAAAGAUUUUGCUAAUACUAUCCCGGGCCAUGGUGGAAUUAUGGACCGAUUUGACUGCCAAUAUAUCAUGGCCACUUUUGUCAAUGUCUACAUUGCCAGCUUCAUCAGGGGGCCAAACCCCAGCAAAGUAAUGCAACAGCUUCUUGCUUUGAGACUUGACCAGCAACUUCAGAUAUUCAACACUCUCAAAUCCCACUUGAUUGAAAAGGGGCUUCUAUCUGCAAGUGAGGAAGUAGCAUAGAUGGACCAGAGCCAAGGAAUCGUGGAGUUUGAAUGGGGGCAAAGAUGGAAGUGAAAUUCUCGUACAGAACCUGACACCCACUCCUAGCUUUUUAUUUAUGUUUUUUUUUUAAUUGAGUUUUUAUUAUGGAUUUCUCUUCUAAGUACAUACAUGCUUUUCAGCUGCUAUUUUAUGAGUGAUAAUCUUCCUUUUUUAACAUACAGUGGUGUUGAUCAGACAGAAUUUGAUUUGGUAAUUUAAUAAGAUCAGGCAUGGAUGGAUAGUCAUCAUGUCAAGAUUUUUUUAAUUUAAAGUUAUCUAUAUAAAUAAUCUAUAAAUCUCUCCUUCAUCAUUGAAGUGUUUAGGGCAGUGAAAGACUGAAUACAGGCAUGUCUUUGUGUAUGUUGAAAAGAAAAUAUGGCUUAUGUUCCUCUGCCCAGCUUCCAUGUUUAUGAUCAGUGAACCGUCCCAGCACAUCUCCUGUAUUCAAGAUGCUCACUAUCCAAUUUAGAAUUACGAAACAUUGCAGUAUCCAAACAGCAAAGCUCUGGACACCUUUAUGGAUUCAUGCUGUUUUCUUCUGAAGUUAGUCAGCAUUUAAAAUGAAUUAACACGAAAUCAUAGAUAAAACUAACUGGUUAUUUUAUGGAGAAUCACUCCUGCCUCUGUUGUAGGGCAUUUCACCAAUGUAAGUAUCAACUUGUUGGUUUUAAAAAUUAUGGUCUGUUUAAGAGCCAAUAUUCAGUACAGUACAGAGUUGGGUUUGCAGAUUUAUUUCUAAUAUUUGCCAUAUAGUAGGCAUGUUUCCUUUAUUUGGUCAAGAUAACAUAAGAAAAAUGUGUCUUCAGUAUAUUUAAAAGUUGAACACACUCAGCUUGCAAUAUAAUAUUGGUGAAAGCAGGUUGGAUGUUUGAGUGUUGGGAGAAAAAAUGUUUUUAAAGAUGUGCACAUUUUAGUGAAAGUAAUGCCGGAGUUAGUUGUAUCAAAUCCUUUUAGCAGCAGUCAUUAGAUAAUAGAAGACCAAAUGUUAAUGGCUG